AUGAGCGCUCUACUGAAGAAGCCCAAGACAGAGAACGUAGAAGUCAUAGACGACGACGACGACGACGAACAAGCAGCAGCCGCAGCAGCAACAAACAAGAUGACAGAAGAGAACGGCGACCCAGAUAGCAGACAAGAGCAAGAAGAAGCCCUCGUCGCUUUGAUUGAGCAUCGCACGCGCGAAGUUCAUCACCUUCGCCAGCGCGUCUCCUAUUACAAAUCUCAGCUUGAGGAAGCAGCAAAGAGGUUAAAUGAUUCCGAAACUAAGUUGGCACGACUUCGACGCCAAGACAAAGUAGGGUCAACCAAGAGUUCCCCGGGUAGUGAAACUAAAAGUGCAAAGGUGGAACCCAGAUCAACGAGUCCUAUCCAUUUAAGUCAAGGUUCUACUAGAAACCAGCCUCAUUCUAAAACAGAACUUUUAAUUCCUGCUGUCAUUCCAAAAAUUUCCCAACCUACAAAAUUGGCAGGGUCUAGUGGGAAGGCUCCAGUUAGUUCUAGUGCUCAAGUCAGUCCAUCAGUUUCCAGUCAGUCUAUUAGUGCUACCAAAGAAAAAGGGGACAAAUCUUAUAGAACUUCUUCAAAGCAGGAAGUUGAAAUUCAAGAUAGAGGGACAAAACGGAAAUUUGAACAGAAAGAACAUAAAGAAUUAAUUCCGUCGGUUCGUACUAGCUCUUCACCAAGUAUAAUCCGGUGCUAUGCAAGCAAUCACAUAUCAAGUCAGCACAAGAGAAAGUUGAGAAGUCUUUCUUUGUGCCCAGUGAAUGAUCAGCUUUUUGUGACCAGUGCUUUGGAUGGAAUAGUCAACUUGUGGCAAGUUCAGGCCAAGGGGUCAGGUGCUUCUCUACUUAGUAGUACUGAUUGUGUAUCCCCAAAACAAAGGAGAUGGCCAGAAGAUAUAGCCUGGCACCCUGAGGGAAACAGCCUAUUUUCUGUCUAUAGUGCUGAUAGUGGUGAUUCUCAAGUAUCAGUUUUAAAUCUAAAUAGGACACAAGGGAAAGCUCGUGUUACUUUCUUAGAAGAUAAACCUCAUGUGAAAGGGAUCAUUAACAGCAUAGUUUUCCCACCCUGGGAGAAUACCUGUUUUGUCACUGGUGGAAGCGAUCAUGCAGUUAUAAUCUGGAAAGAGACUGAUGCUGAGAAUGUAUGGAAACCAAAGGCAUUGCAUAGGAAUAUGCAUUCAUCUGCUGUCAUGGGAGUCGCUGGGAUGUGCCAAAAGCAGAUAAUACUAUCCGCUGGAGCAGACAAGAGAAUUGUUGGGUUUGAUGCUAACGUGGGAAGAGCAGAGUUCAAGCAUCAGAUAGAAAGUAAAUGCAUGAGUGUCUUGCCAAAUCCCUGUGACUUUAAUCUCUUCAUGGUUCAAGCAGGGACCCAUGAGAAGCAGCUCCGACUAUUUGAUAUCAGACUGAGGCAAACAGAAAUACAUGCUUUUGGGUGGAAGCAAGAAAGCAGUGAAUCUCAGUCAGCUCUGAUAAAUCAGGCUUGGUCUCCAGAUGGUUUAUACAUCUCAUCCGGUACUGCAGAUCCCAUGAUUCACAUAUUUGAUAUCAGAUAUCACGCCCAUAAGCCUUCUCAAUCUAUAAGAGCUCAUCAGAAACGGGUUUUUAAAGCUGUAUGGCUCCACUCUUGCCCCCUUCUCAUUUCUAUAUCUUCUGAUCUGAACAUUGGUUUACACAAAACCACGUAG